AUGGACCAUCCAAGUUUUGCUUUAGCUGCUCUAGCCACCAUUGGUGGUACCAUGGGUUACAUCCGUAAGGGAAGUGUUCCAUCGUUGGUUGCCGGGUUGACCUUCGGUGGUAUUUACGGGUACGCUGGAUACCUUUUGAAGAACAAUGCUGACAACGGGUUAGAAAUCGCAUUAGGUGCGUCCAGUGUGAUGCUAGUCACCGGUAUCGCCAGAGGUAUCCCAGGCAGAUUCAAGAAACCAGUGCCAGUGGUGUUGACUGUUCUUGGUGGUCUGGGUACUUGGUACUACUACAAGAAGUACAAGGAAUUCUACCCAUAA